UGCCUGUUGGGUAGCGUUUGUUUCGGGGCGUGGCUUGUCACUGGCAGCCAGGUGAGCAACUCGCGUCUGCGGGAGGCGCCUCGGUGACAUUGGGAAGGACGCACAGACACGCCUCUCAAACGACACCUGCGGCGCGAGCGCAGCGCUCCUUAUUCUGUCUCACCUGUGUCUCGUGAGCGCGUGGUUGUAGGAGCUGAGAGGUGAUCCAACAUGCUGAAGAAAAAGAGCAAAUCAUCGGUGGUCACGCCACCCAAACCCACUGCCGCCCCCACAGAGCUGAGCAUUCUGAUUGAGAAGUUACAGAAGAAUGCUGACAAGGUGGAGAGGAACAUCAUUGAAAUCGAGCAAAACCUGAACAAGGAUGUAUGUAAGAUCAAUGAAGGCAAACCGACGUUGUACCAGGAUGACACCAACAAGAGGAUCCUCAACUCUCUGGAGCUGCUUGACAGCCUGGAUGAGGACGCCGUGAACACCAAGCGCCUCCACCACCCACAGGCCGAGAUGAUAGAGCAAGACAUGAAGCAGCUGCGUGAGAGAGUAAUGAAGCUGAAGGAGGACCACUAUCACAUUUACCAGCUGAUCCGCUCUGAGGGGAUGCCCACCAUCAACUGGGGAAACAUUAUGGAUGAGAAACUGGAAAAAUUGAACACUAAAGGCUUUGGCCAGGACUUACCAACUGUGGAAACCGAGGUGGUGGAGCACAACAUAUUCCAUGGGGAGGUGGAGGCUCUGGCCCCUCACAUCUCUGCCAGCGGAGACAAGGUGGAUGCACAUACUGAACAGGAGUAUGUCAGCAGUCUCCAGAUGAAGUACAAUAAGCUGCUGACCAGCUCCAGCGCUCGUCAGCGAGACCUGCUGAGUCUGCGCGAUUAUAUGCAGCGCUGCACCAACGAGCUGUACUGGAUGGACCAGCAGGCAGAGGAGAGGAUCAACUACGACUGGAGUGAUCUCAACCUGGAUUAUCCUGCUCGCAAGAGGCACUAUGAGAACUUCAUCAGCAAGUGUUUGGAGUCUAAAGAAGCCACCAUUACAAUUCUGAACGAUGAUGGAGAAAAGCUGAUUAAUGCUCAGCAUCCAGGGAAGACUGUUAUUGAGGCUCAUAUGGAAGCAGUCAAUGCAGACUGGAAGGAGUACCUAAACCUGCUUAUUUGUGAAGAAAACCACCUGAAGCACAUGGAAGAAUACCAUCAGUUCCACAAGGAGGCACGUGACACCCAGGACCUACUGAAACGGCUGGAAACUGAGAUUAACCAGAAGUACAACCCAGAGUUUAAGGAUGUUUAUCAGAUGGAAGGCCUCAUCAAUGAGCUAGACGAUCAAGCUAAGGCCAUGGACCAUCUUGAUGAACGAGUCAAGGCUCUGCAGAAGCGAAGCUUGCAGGUUCUCCCUCUGAGGUACCGCAGGGAAGCGCUUCAAAAGCUGCUGCCCAUUGAAGCUUUGUGCGAGUAUGACACAGAUGAGGGCCAGGUUCAGCGUGGUGAGAGGUACACUCUUCUCAGGAUCAAUGGCUCAAAAUGGGACGUGAAGGAUGCUGCUGGACGUAAACUCUCUGCCCCUGCAGUCUGCUUUAUGAUUCCUCCCACCGACCCGGAGGCUGUAGCUGUGUCUGACAAUCUGGCCAGCCAGAAGAACACCGUCAAGCAGAAAACGGCCAGCUGCAAAGCCUCUCUGCAGAAGCGCUUUAAUGAACUGCAGAAGGAGACUGGUGCUGGAACAGACAAAGAGGAGCAGCAGUGCCGCCAGCUCAUGGCUGGUUUAGAUAAGAUUGUCAAUGACUUAGACAAACAGGAAAAAUCUAUCUAUGCAAGAGUGCGCCCACCACUGGAACAGAGCCGGCCACUGCAAGACGGCAUGGACCGGCUGCAAGACAUGAAGGACAUCACUGUAGCUGUUGACAAGAUUAAGCCAGAGAAGUCCUCCAAGGUAGAUGAGGCCAGAGGCUUCCUGGUCUCUAAUUCCAAGUGUGCCAGUGCCCCUCAGCUACACAGUAAGGUGGAUGAGACUGAGAAGAAGUAUGCUAAGGUCGAGCAGCUUCUCCAAUGCUCCCAAGAGAAGCUGAAAAAUUCACACCAGCUGGAGAAGUCUAUUCAAAAUGGAAAGACUUUCAUAUCCACAUAUGAGAACAAACUGGCCAGGGAGGAAGUUGCCCCAGGGGACAUCUCCUCAUUGGAUAAAACUCAGCGAGAGCUUGCUAAUAUGGCUUCCGAACUGAGGUCCAAGAGCACAGUGAUGGCUGAAUCAGAGGAAAAUUUGCGCUCAGCCAGAAACAGUUCCAACAACAUGACCUCCAAGUUUCAGGAGCACUGUCCAGACAUUGAACGACAGGAAGCUGAUGUCCAGAAACUCAACAAACGUUUUAACAACCUUAACAGGCAGAUCGAUGCCAGGUCUCAGAGCUUGCAGAGAGCCAAAAUGGCGUACAACAAUUUCCGAAAUGACUAUGACAACUUGAACACCUGGUUGUCUCGUGUCCCAAACUACGAACCCCGUGAAACUGAUGAUGUCAUGCAGGUGGAGACUAAGUUGAAGAACCAGAGGAACUUGCUUUCUGACAUCGCAAGAAAGGAGUCAGACUUGAACAAUGUCUCCAAAAAUGCCAAGCAGUACCAACAGGCUGUGAAGGACUAUGAGGCUGAAACUGAAAAGUUCAAGUCAGUCCUGGAUCUCGAGGAUGGUCUUGUACCUCAGACCUACAAGAGAAGCAGACUGGAAUCACCUGCAAUGACAGUCAAAGCAGAGGAAGCUGCCAUUGAAUCCAAGUUUACAGAAGUGAAUGCAGUGAACAAGCAAAGGCUCCAGAAUCUUGAAUUUGCUCAAAGCCUUUUGAAACAGCAACCUGAGAUCCCUAUGAUCCAGUCUACAAAUGUACAGUCCGUCCAUGCUGCUCCUCCAGGAGAGGAGCCUUGGAGAAUCAAAAAGCAGCUGGAUGAUGAGAUUCAGAGGAGAGAACAACUUGAGAAGGAAAUUAAGAGCAUUCAGACUGACAUUUAUGAACUGGAAGGACAAAAGCCCCAGGACACCAUCGUUAAGAAAGAACUGAUUAAAAAAGUUCCAGACCCACAGCUGGAUGAAGAGGUUCACAAAGUCCAGCAGAAGCUGUCAGAGGAGCGCCGCACCACCCAUGUCCUGGAAAAUGAUUUGGAAGUGCUGAAGCUUAAGUUCCGUGGCCUGGAGACAGAGCUCAAAGAGGGGGCACAGCAGUACACUGUAAAGGAAGUCCUACGUAUAGAGAGGGAUAGGGGACAGGAAGAGGAGGUCCGUAAACUUCGGGAUGAGCUGGAAGAGCUUAGAAGGCAGAAGAUGAUGAAAGACAAUGAGCUGAUUCAAAUAAAAAAGCAAGUGACCCUUCUGGCUGAAGAGAAAAACAAAGAAAAGGAGGUGAUCACUGAGGAGCAAGUGAUCAAAGUUCAGAAUGACCCCCAGCUUCAGUCAGAGUACCGGCUCCUGCUUGAAAGGAAGCAGAAAGAGACAGAUGAUAGGAAAGAACUAGAGGACGAACUACAGUUUCUCCAGGGGAAGCUUCGAAGAUUGGAGAAGGAGAAAGCCAUGGCAGAAGAGAAGAUUUCUAUCAAGGAGGUGCUUAAAGUAGAGAAAGAUUUGGCUCUGGAAAGGGAGGUAGAAAACCUCAGGAGACAAUUUGAGGAUGAGAAGUCGAAACGCAGAUCUUCUCAGCGUGAAAAGGCUGACCUCCAGAGAAAAGUUACAAGUCUGGAGGAGGAGAAGAACAGGGUUGUGGUCCAGGAAAAAGUUAGGGAGAUUGUUCGUCCCGACCCAAAGGCAGAGAGUGAGGUAGCCAAUCUCCGUCUUGAGCUUGUAGAACAACAGAGGCGCUUUAAGGAUGCAGAACUUCAGUUGAAGUCUCUGAAGGAUGAACUGACCAUGCUAAGGAACAGAGGACCUCAGGUGGAAGUCAAAGAGAUGAUCAAAGAAGUCAUCAAGUACAAAAUAGAUCCACAGACAGAGAAAGAGCUGGAAGAUCUUCGUGAAGAGAUUGUUGAUAAAACACAUCAAAUUGAGAAAUCAGAGAUGGAAAUCCGCCAACUUCGUGAUGAAAUUGAAAGAUGGAAGGAGACAAAGCCUCAGGUCCAGACUAAAGAGGUGGUUAAUGAAGUGCUGCAGUACAGAGAGGAUCCAAAGACCAAGGAAGAGAUUGAGAUUCUAAAAAGAAAGCUGGCUGAGGAGCAAAAGAAACGCCUUGAUUUAGAGAGAGAAAGGUCUACUCAGGAGGAAAAGAUCAGAUUGAAGAAGUUGGAUCUAUCUCAGGUCAGAGAGAAGAUUGUUGAGCAAGUAGUGGUCGAGAUGAAAGAAGAUCCUGUCCUUAAAUCAGAAUGUGAGAACUUUGUCCAGACCAUCAACAAUGAGCAAGAACUGAAGGAAAACUUAAAGGCAGAACUCGUAAAGCUGCAGCGACAGAUCGCUGACUUAGAUAUUCAGCUGGAAGAAUUAGAGCGGGAGCGUAAGGCAAGACGUGAGGCAGAACUUGAGAUUCAGAGACUUCGGAUCAGGCUGAAUGAACUGGAGAUCCGGGACAAAGAAAAUCGAGAGAAGGUUACCGUCAAGCAAAAAGUGGUUCUACAGCAGGAUCCCCAGCAGGAGAAGGAACACUCUAUCCUGAAGUUACAGCUCGAUGAAGAACGGCACAAGCGUACUUUGCUGGAAAAGAGACUGGACGCCCUCAUCCAGCAGCAGCUAACCUUGGAAAGAAUGGACGUGAAGGAAAGGGUAGUCCGCACUGAAAAAGUCCAAGUUGAAAGGGACCCAGAAGCUGAGAUUGAGAUCGAGAACCUCAGAAGAACUUUAGAUGAAGAAAAAAGGAGAAGGCACGACCUUGAUCAAGAGCUCACAAGCCUUACUUCCAGGCUCUCGGAUAUGGAGUUUCAUCAUACUAAGUCUACCAAAGAACUGGAUUACAUCCGAGACGAGAGCAACCGUCUGCAGCAGGAAAACCAGAGGCUGCAGAAUGAAAUCCGCAAGCUUCGGUCAGAGAUUGACAUUACUAGCAACGAAACAAAGCUUAUCACAGAGUCUGCACCAAGGGAGGAUGGAAAGAACUUGGAGUUGAGACUUGAUUCUCUGCAGAAGGAACUUGGAGAGCUCAAACGUGUAACAGUCCAGAAGGAUGAGGAGAUCCAAAAGCUUCAGAAAAAUCUGGCAGCAGUAAGAAUCAAGAGGGAACAAAGAGAGAGCCAUCUUCGACGCUCUAUUGUCAUUAUCGAUCCAGACACAGGCAAAGAAAUGCGACCAGAGGAGGCCUACAAACUGGGCGUAAUCGACUGGAAGAUGUUUGUGAACCUGCAGGGUCAGGAGUGUGACUGGGAGGAGAUUACUGUCAAAGGUCCAGGGGAGUCUUCUGUGCUCCAUGACAGGAAGUCAGGAAAGAAGUUCUCCAUCGAUGAUGCACUGCGAGCUGGCCGCAUCAGUGAUCGGCAUCUUCAGCAGUACAACAACAAGGAAAUCUCCAUUCAAGAGUUUGGCUUGAUGGUAUCGGGCAAGAACAAGGGAACAGCGCAAGACUGAGGUUGAGGGUCCAAUUCCCAGGUUCCUGUUUCAGCUCUGGUUAAAGAAAUUCCUUUUAUUGUUUGCUUUAACUUUGAUACUAUGGUAACUGGGCCUUUAGCUGUUUUUUUGUUUUAUUCCUUUAAAUAUUACGGGUUUUAUCUUCUCUUCUGUACCAGUUUAGCAAAGAUUAAAACUUCCAUCAUAAGAUAAGUAGAUCCACUCUUAGCUUAUACUGGGGUUAAUGACCUUUGGACAAUUACUGUUUUACUAGGUUUGAAGUUAUACAUUUUGGAAAUCCAGGUGUGAGAGGUCAAAUUAAAGAUUAAUCAAAUUGGGAAUCCUGUAUCUUUCUGUGUCGUUUUUUUCUGAAUAAACGUUUCCAAUCACCUCUUG